AUGGUGUUCUUGCUCUCACAGGUGCCGCUGGUGUUUCGAACCGCGGAGGUGCUCGGGGGGGGACGGUGGUCCACGCUGAUGACGAAGGGGAGCGAGGAUACCGCGACUAAGGGUGCAACCCGCGAUGAGGUUGACCGCGCUGUUGCGCGUGAGGGGGAGGAGUCGAGCGAGGAGGAGGCGGAGGCUCACGUGGUAGCGGCCGCGGCAUCCAGCAGGCCCACUACAUCCGGCAAGAGCAUCAAGCACCUCGCGCAGCACUUGGCCCCCGGUGCUGGAAGCGCUGGCCUGAGUGGUGAGGUCGCGGGCAAGAGUCCCGUGACAGGUCCGCGUGAUCACGCGUCCCUGUCCUCGUUGCCAUCGCAUAAGCUUGCUGCCGAGAUCCUGCAGCUCGAAUGUAGGCUUGCAGCGCAGGCCGAAGAGAACGCACGGCUGAAGAAACGCCAGGAGUCGGGGGUUGGUGGGGUCGCGGUCGUGGGCUUUGAGGAGCUUGCGUCCGCGCUUGCUAAUGCGAUUCGGAUGUUGGAGAAGGAGGGCGAGGGCGAUCGCGCACGAAAGAGCGGCCCUGGAACGGCCGCGACGGAGAUUGCCGAGACCGGGGAUGCAGAGUAUGGAAAGUGGGCAGCGGGUGCGAAGGCGGAGAAUCAACGGGGGGCGAAGAGGCAGAGAGGUCCCCAAGCAGCGGCUGCGGUGCGCAAUCCGAGCGUGCAGGACAUGCUGAAGCAGAAGUGGGGCGCUGCAUCGCAAGGUGUAGCACCGCCUGGUCAACCGGGUUCGAGCUCGCACUCCAUCCCACCUGGAGAAGCUGCACCCAAACCACCGGGCCCUGCUAGGGCAACCGCGACAGUGACAAGUACUGUGGGUUGGGGCAAGGGUAAGGCGGAGGAUGGAGAGGCGCCGGCUGCUGCGGGUUCGCUGGCCUCGAGGCGUGAGGUCCACUCCGCAACGGCUGCUGCGGCUGAGGGCAGGCAGACCACGCUCGCACCCGCUCGUGCUGCAAUCACCGUGGGAAACCUGCACAGCGCACUAGCAUCUGCAAGUCCUAUCGCGGCCUCGGUCGAGGUCAAGGCGGAGAAACGCGAACGGGGUGGCAAGAAGUUGCCCCCUCCACCCGUGUACACGAUCGACGAGGACGAUGCGGAUAAGGAGCUGUAG